AUGCGCUUGCGUAGAAAAAAAAAUAGAAUAAACGGUAACAUUGUUUUUUCUCCUAUUUCUUGAAAUAACUUAUUUUCACGUUUUAGGUGCUAUAAUUGCUUGCGAGCAAAACGAUGCGGAAGCUCUAAAGGUAGUUCUUGACAAAAAUCAGUUUGACUUGAGCAACGUGGUAAACGGAAACUAUGAACAAUACCCAACCAAGUGGAGCCUUCUGGAUAUUGCCAUCAAUCUGAACAACGUGAAAUGUGCGAUACUUCUUCAGGAAAGAGGGGCCAUCGAGUCAUUUCAAUGUGAGUCUAAAAUUGAAAAAAUGUAGUCCACGUCAUCUGAGAAUGAGCAAAGCUUCCGAUGUUUUUCUAAAGUAUGCGAAAAGAAAGAGGGUCACAGAAUGUUUGUGACAAAAGAAAAGUUUUGAUUCAGUAAACUCAUUGGAGAAACGGAAGAAAGCAGUGGCAGAGGCUCUUGAAAUGUCAAGAAGCACACUAUCCGAGCUGAAAAAAGCUCCGCAUUCUAGAGUGAGUUCCCGAAAAAAACAAAUCUUACUACAUUGACAACUUUUAGGAUAAUGACAAGAAAAUGAGUGCUCUCCAAAUUCACUUGAGCUUGCUCAAACAAAUGGAAGACUUUCUGGAGAAGACAAUCCGUCCGAAGAUGUUGCAAAGUGCUUCUGUGGAAACUAUAUCGCACUCACGGGCUCUCAUUCAGUUCACUUAUAAAGAACCACAACUAAGUGUCAUACUAAAGUUCAAAAGUGAUCAUAAAAUCAUUCGACAAGAUUUUUACCCAAAUAUUUCAGUUCAAUGGUCGGAUACCGAAGAUUUCAAAAAAGUUCUGGGAGAGAUAAUUGAGCCAAGACCGCUUGAGAACAAGAUCAUCAUCCAUCAUCUCGAGCACGGAAAGACGUACUUUUUCACGAUCAGUUGUAUUGGAGUGAACGGAGAAUCGAAGCCAAUGCUCUGUUGGCCGGGAAAAAUUGAAAUCACUGGUAUUGAACACCUGAUAGUAAUGUAAAUGCCACAUUUUGUUAAGAUUUCGACGACGGAGAUCAGAAGCGGGAGACGUGGACCGAUAGAACUGAAGCUAUGAACAAAUUGAUGGAAGACGUGGACAAGCACAGACAGAGUUUGGUGUGGCAGAGAGGUAUUCGAGGUUUAACAGACUUGAAAGAGAAAUUAAUGACAUUUGUAGUGUUCCCAAUGGAAAUCAACGGCAAGAAGAGGAAGAACGGGUUCAGGGAGUUGUUUUCUGCUAGUACCAAGUUAUGCAAGCAUGCGCAUCAGUAAGAAAACAUCAAGCUGUUUUUAAACAAAUGAAGUUUACAGCGGAGUUUAUCUUGCCGCUUUGGUUUAUACAGAAGGAAAAGUUCUGGUGACUGUAGACGACUGCGUUCCCAUUGUUACGGUGGAUGAGAACGUGACGACGGUGUCUAAAGAUGAUCAUCACUGGCUGAUCAAGAUGUCAAUGUGCUGGGAUCAUAUCAACGGACUCAUGGACAUCAACCCAAAUGCAUACUCGAACAAUGUUUCAUUGAGGUUCGUUUUUGUUAUAGCUCGAUGAUAUAGCUCGAUUUUUAACAUUUUCCUUCAGCUUCCGCAACAAAUUACUCAAUGCCGCAUUUUCCAUGCAGGAAGCUCUAGGAAUCCGUAACAUUGGACAUGUUCACUACAUGCCGUUGAUUUACGAUAGCUGUUUCUUCCUACUGACAGUCAGAUUCAUAGAGCCCAGUGUCACAUUCCAGGUACCCACCGCCUUUGUCAAUUUUCAUGUACAUGAGUUCAGAGCAUCACUCUCCGCUGGAUGCCGUUCAACAAACUGCUGCGGAAGAAAAUGCCAACAACUGCCAUCGACAACAUGACGAAGCAGUUGUUGAACAUUCUGAAUUUUUACGAAGCUAGUCAGAUUCAACUGCAACGGUGAGAAUCUUCAGGGAUCAUUGAGUGCAUAGUUGUGUUUAAGUGGAUUGUAUGUUGGAUAUCUGAAGCUGCACUCGUCGUUGAAUUCGAUUCGUGUGGUCGUGCCAGAUGUUCUGCCGUCUAUGCUUCCGUUUACUCGAGUCAGAGAUAACCCACAUUUGACGAAGGAGGAAUGGGAAUGGAUCAAGGUACUUUGAAACCUGGAAGUAACCAGUAGACUAUUUUAACGUUUCAGAGUAUUGAUAUGAAUGAUUCCUUUUAUGCGACAAAAGCUCAAGAACGCAUUCACUCGGACAUUGCACAUGCAAUCCACCGGCUUCUCAAUGAACUGGAUAUCGAUCCGGAUCUCGUCCCCGGCACUCGUUUGUAUCAUGCCGAGAUUGUCCAGCCAGACGACAACACCACUAUUCUUUUGGUACGCUUUUAGUUACAAAUACUUCGAAUAAUAUGAAGUAUGUUUUGAGAUUCUACCCCGAUCGGACGAUGUGUGCUCGGUCCCCACUGGCUCGAGCAAGAAUACCGAGUACAUUGAGUCAAAACGUCAAUGUACUAGUGUUCCGAUGCCUGUUUUCGAUAUAAGUUAGUUUGAAUGCCACGUAUCUCUAAGUAAUUUCCACUUCCACUAAACUUCAGUUCAUUUUCUCACGUAUCAAACGCAUUUUUUGACGUCAUACUGCAAACUGAGCAUUUUCUUGGAGCAUUUUGUAAUGGUGAGAAAAUUUUAUGCUAAUUGCAUUCAUUCCACGCUUCUCUUCUUCUCUUCAGAUUUCGCAAUUCGAGCAACGAAAAUGUUUGUUGGAGAACGACAGCAAAGUCUACAAGAAUCAAACAGAGAUCUUGAAUGAGUUCCAGGUCAGACAACAACAGUUCGGACUUUUUUCAUCCCUUUGUUCAUUUUUUUCAGAAACGUCUUGAAGAGAUAUGGCAGAAUGCGAGAUGGAUCAGUCGCGUGGCAUCGGAGGCUCGUGACAAACAUGUCAAGUAAGGAAACGAGCACUUUACAGUGAAAUAUCACAUCCCAAAUUGUAGGGUAUCUCGGAACGCAAUUCCAUUGACACGUUUCAUGACUGCUUUGCCGCGCAAUCCGGAAGAGCUGAGAAAAGAGGAAAACGAACGGGAAAGCAUCCGUAGAGUUCAGCAGAGAAGGAGAAUGCGCAUGGAACUUUUGGGGGAUAGAUUGGACUCGAAUGAAGAAGAUGGAACAGAUGAGGAAUUCGAGAUUGUGAUGAGCAAUGAGCCGAAUCCAAAGUGCAAUGGGUUCCUGAAAUCUGAACAGCCGCGCUCAGCUUUGAACUCUCCCCAACAAAGUUAUCGCGACAUUGACAGGUAACCAAAUUACUUCUAAUUCCUCUCAUUGUCAUUUUCCUGUUUUCAGUGUCUACCGCCGUCGUCGAAAAGUAUCCACUGACUUGGCUUUGGCUCUAAGCAAUACGAGUCUCAACAAUAUUGACGAGAAAAACCUGACUCCAGAUAGGCCGCCAAUCAAAGAAGACAAAAUAUUUCUGGAGUCGAUAAAUGUGAUUGUCGGAUACGAUUGUCAAGUGCCGAAAGGCACAAAAAUCGCGUUGUCAGUGACACAAAGCACAGAAGCUGGCGAUGUAUGAUAUCAUAAUUGCAUUUUCCGUCUCUAUUUGUUUGAUUUCCAGGUGGUCAGCUUUGUGAUUGAGCAGAUUGCAAAGUCAGCGGCAGGCCAAGACCACGAAAUAACAUUGUCGGACAGCUCGGAUUUGUGUUUGGUGGCCGCGAUUGGGCAACGGGAGAGGAGGCUGAAGGAGGAGGCGAUUAUCCAGAGAUUGGACAGAACCUGGCUGAAAGGGAACUUUGUGAUCCGGAGAAAAGACGGUUUUCUGAAUGGCGAAGACAUUGCAAACGAAUCUCUUGUAUGA